AUGAAUCCCAACGCCAACUUGAACAACAUCUUCGAUUUCCCAGACCUGCCACUUGUUCUACCAAAAAUCGAGGUGCCGGAUUCAUCUGAUUUCCUGCUACCCUCACCACAAGAACUUCAACAAUUCGAUCCGCCGCGCAAUCUGGUCUCACAAAUCGCUCGUCGUUGGAGCUGCGGCGAUUCACAACAUGCGGUCGACGAAAUGCCCGCCUCCUACUACCAUAACCUCGGCUUUGCUCUUCAUAACCACAUUCAAAUGUCGAAUCAGCGUUAUUUAUCGGAUUUUAAUUGUCCUUCAACGGUUUCACCAAUUCCAUCUGCACACGAGCCGGGUCAAAUGCCGCCGAUGACACCGUAUGAUCAUAUUGGUCAGGAUCCACAUUUAUUCUCUGCUUAUGGCAAUUCUAUGAUGCCCAGUGACGUUUCAUACUUCGACAACGGUUCUCGUUCGAUCUCAGCUCCAAAUAUUGGAAAUCCAGGUCUCAAUACUACUGUCAUGACAAGCGGUAACUCUCAAUCUUGUGCAAAUCGGCGACGGUUCCGUACCAACUUCACUGAGCAACAGUCAAGCUUUCUCGAAGACUCAUUCAAAGAAUCUCACUAUCCGGAUCACAAAUCUAAAAAGCACAUGGCGAAUUACUUGAACAUUCCGGAAGACCGUAUAACGGUCUGGUUCCAAAAUCGUCGUGCUAAAUGGCGAAGGAAAGAGCAUCGCCAGCGUGAUCGGAGCAAAAAUGAACUUUUCACAAGUACGCCGAGCUCUUUCGAUUAUUCAUGCUUCCCUGGGCCAAAUCCAGAAGAAAUACCAGAUGUGAAACAUCCGAAUAUUUAUGGGAUGCCAGGUUCACAGCUUCAGAUGACACAUGAUCCAUUCCAAAUGAACCCAGACGGUAACAAUGUUGAAUAUCUUCACAACCAGGGUCAGCACUAA